CACAAUCUAGUACCGACUAGAAAAACCUGUCAAAGCUUCAAAACAAAUCAUUUUAAUUGGGAUUGCUUUGCACAUCGCAUUAAUUGUUUACGCUUAGAGGAAUGAAAACAUGGAACGAAAUGUUCUACAACUAGCAGCCCUUCUGUUUCUGCUUGUGAGCGGCAGUGAUUCUCUGGAGUGCUACAGUUGCCAUGGCAUCCACGACAUAACAACGUGCAGGAACAUAACAACAUGUGGAGCAAAUCAGGCCUGCUAUCAUCGCAUGAGGGCUGAUGCUUCCGGUAACGUCAUGGAUGUGGGAUGUGUGGAUCAUGCACUGUGUGUCGAUGCCGGAACUCUCAUAGGACGUUCUCUGAAGCGACUCAGACAAACGUCGUCCAGCUGUUCAGAAUGCUGUUCAACCGAUAGAUGCAACGAUCAAUUAUGCUCUCAUAAUUUACCUUCCGCCUGUGUUGACGAUGAGACUGUUGACUGCGCAAAGAUGAGUUCCAUUUUUAACAUCUGUGCUGGCGACUACGAGCAUGCUGCGAUAGUUUGUCCUCGAUUCUGUAACCUGUGCAGUUUAACUAACGGUAACUGGGCUGACUGGUCAAGUUGGUCAUCUUGUGCAAUCACAUGUGGAAGCACCACACAGGCGCGGACCAGAACUUGCACUAAUCCUCCACCAACAAACCAUGGCAAAAACUGCGUAGGACCUUCCACGGACUACAAGUCAUGUGUGAGAGACUCUUGCCCUGUCGAUGGUGGUUGGGGUACAUGGGCUACUUGGGGAUCAUGCUCGGCUUCGUGUGGCGUAGCAUUACAACACAGAACCAGAUAUUGCGACAACCCACCACCCGCGAGGUCUGGAGAUCACUGCUUUGGAGACUCUCUAGAUUACAGAAUAUGUAUACUUCAAGGAUGCACAGAUGGUGGAUGGACCACGUGGUCAACUUGGGGCACAUGCUCAGCCUCGUGCGAUGAAGGGUUUCAUCAGCGUAGUCGCCAGUGCACUAAUCCCCCAGCGUCUGCUUUUGGUCAGCAGUGUGAUGGUCCAAAUGUUGACGUAGGAGCAUGCAACACUCAGCAAUGUCCGCAAACAGAUGGCGGGUGGAACACAUGGUCUUACUGGAGCACGUGCACAUCGUCAGCCUCGUGUGUUGGUGGAAUCCAGCAAAGAUACCGCGAAUGUUCGUACCCAAAACCUUCUCUCUAUGGUGCGCCGUGCCAUGGAGCAACUGUAGAUACAAUCUCGUGCAACGCAUACCAGUGCGCAACCAGUUCAAACGGUGUUCGUUUGGUAAAUAAUCGAGUUGAAAUGUACUUGAACGGGCAGUGGGGAACUGUGUGUGAUGAUAACUUCAAUAGCAGUGCUGCUCAGGUUGUGUGUAGGAUGCUCGGACUACCAACAUCCAAUGCGAAUUAUUUUAACCCGGAGGAUGGACCUAGCUCAAUGCCCAUCUUAUUGGAUGAUGUAACCUGUGCCGGAUACGAAUCGUCAUUAUUGUUAUGCACACAUAGUCCUAUCGGUACUCACAACUGUGCGCACUCUGAGGAUGCUGGCGUAACCUGUUCAUAACUUACAUGGAGGUCAAAUAAAUACGUACAUUUG